AUGUUUAAGAAAGACAUAACCUCGGGCGCAAAGUCCAAGGUGAAAUCCAGCGCCCAGCGCGCCAUCCGCUCAAAAGUCCUCGAAGAAUACCCAAGGUUAGAACCAUAUAUCGAAGACAUACUGCCGAAGAAGGAGCAAUUGGACUUGGUCAAGCUACCUGACCGCGUAUCGCUCUACACCCUCAACUCCACUCCCCUCUUCUUUCAACACAUGGACGACGCGCUCCUACCCCACCUCACACUCGUACACAAAUACCCCUUCGCCUUCAACCGCCUACGUAUAGACCGCGGCGCAAUCCGCUUCGUGCUCUCUGGCGCUACACUCAUGGCCCCUGGUCUCACAUCACCGGGCGGGCGCCUACCAGGUCCCGAGCUGAGCGACGAGGACAAGGAAAAAUACGGCGCCGAAGACCUGAAGGAGGGUCAGGUUGUGGUUAUCGAGGCCGAGGGCAAGGAGACGGCGUGUAUGGUUGGUGUGCUCAAGAUGAGUACGGACGAGAUGAAGAAAGUCAAGAAGGGGCAGGCGUGUGAGGCGGGUCAUUAUCUGGGAGAUGGGCUUUGGGGUUUGAAGCUGGAUUGA